AUGGCACAUUGGUUAACGAUUUUUCAGCUCUACUUGAUACUACUAGUUGUGCUUGUGGUACAAUUCUCCGAAGCUAACCGACCUAGUUUGUUUAAUAUGUUUAAGCAUCAACCACAAGAAAAUAGCACGACAUGGGCAGUCCUCGUAGCCGGUUCAAAUCAGUAUUUUAAUUAUCGUCAUCAGGCAGAUGUUUGUCAUGCUUAUCAAAUACUAAAACGGGGAGGAUUGAAGGAUGAACAUAUAAUCGUGUUCAUGUAUGAUGAUAUUGCCAACAAUCAAUAUAACCCAAGGCCAGGCGUCAUAAUUAACAGUCCCAACGGCUCGGAUGUCUAUGCUGGUGUGCCAAAGGAUUAUACGGGUGAAAGUGUGACGGCAGCCAAUUUCUAUGCCGUUCUUCUUGGCGACAAAACAGCUGUGAAAGGUGGAAGCAAGAAAGUUGUAGCGAGCAAGCCUAAUGAUAAAAUCUUCAUAUUUUACUCUGAUCAUGGUGGCCCUGGAGUUCUUGGGAUGCCGGUCUUGCCUAUCAUAUAUGCAGAUGAUUUCAUCCACGUUUUGAAAACAAAGCAUGCGAGUGGUACCUAUGACGAGAUGGUCAUAUAUGUAGAAUCAUGUGAAAGUGGAAGUAUUUUUGAAGGUUUGUUGCCGACAGAUUUGAAUAUUUAUGUGACAACUGCUUCGAAUGCGGACGAAAAUAGCUGGGCCACGUAUUGUCCCGGUAUGAAUCCUCCCCCGCCUCCAGAGUUCGAUACCUGCUUAGGUGAUUUAUACAGCAUUUCAUGGAUGGAAGACAGUGAGUCAGAAGAUUUAAAUAAAGAAACUCUGAAAAAACAGUACUUGAAGGUGAAGAAAAGGACAUUCAAUAACCACUCUUCUGAGGGAUCUCAUGUGAUGCAAUAUGGUACUCUACACAUAAGCAAUGAGGUUGUUUCCGUAUAUCAAGGCUCCGCUCCUAGCGAAAUAUCCAUGAACCCAUUUCAAUCUUUGGAUGUCUUGGGUGUUGUCAACCAAAGAGACGCAGAUCUGUAUUCCAUGUGGAAAAUGUACAAUAAAUCAACAGAAAAACCACAACAAAAGGAGAAACUACUCAAGCAAAUUAAGGAAAUAACAGCACAUAGGGCACAUUUGGACAGUAGUGUCGAUGUUAUCAAAGGCUAUUUAUUAGGCAAAGGACAUGGAACAGUGAGAGGUAAAGGAUCGGCCCUUGUGGAUGAUUGGGGAUGUCUUAAAUCUAUGGUUCGAAUAUUUGAGACAAAUUGUGGAUCAUUAACUCAAUAUGGCAUGAAAUACACCCGAGCAUUUGCAAAUCUGUGCAACAAUGGUGUUACCACAGAAGCCGUGGACAAAGCUACAAAGGCAGCAUGUCGCGGAUAUAACAUGGGCAAAUGGAAUCCUGCAAACGUUGGUUACAGCGCCUGA